CUGGCAUCCAAAUCCUGUUUCUGACAUUGUCUUCUCACAAGAUGGUUCUAAUAUGCUAUCUGGUGGACAGGAAGGAGUGUUAGUGAUGUGGCAAUACAAGACCCAUCAUCAAGAGUUUCUUCCCAGAUUAGGCGCUCCCAUAAAUCACCUCGCAGUUAGUCCAGAUGAUUCUUUGACAGCUGUCAGUCAAAAUGAAAAUGUUAUCAGAUUAAUUAACAAUAUUGAGUGGAAGGUGAAACGUGCUAUCCAGGGACUAAGACAAAUUGAUAAUCUCUACGCUGGUAUCGUGUUUGAUCCUCGCUCCAAAGCCUUGGUGACAAGCAACAUGCCUGGAGUUUUACAGUUCUACCUACCGCUAACUGAUCAUCAUGCAUUUUCUCUUGAUGUUGUGAGGCAGAAUUUUCUAUCAAGGACAAAGCAUGAGCAGAUUGUCUGUACCAAAAUCGAUCAUGUGGCAUUUAGUGAUGAUGGAGGCUGGCUAGCAACUGUUGAGAGAAGAGACGACAAGAAAAAUGCCUUGGAACUAAGACUUAAAUUCUGGGAAUACAACAAACAAGACCAAUGUUAUGUCGCAAACACUUGUGUUGACCCACCUCAUGAAAAGAAAAUUGUAGCCAUCCAGUUCCAGCCGCAACAGAAGACAGACAAUGCUGUUGGUCCACUGGCGAUGACUGCUGGUAGAGAUGGAAAAUUCAAAAUCUGGGUUCUUGCUGAACAAGGAAACAAGGUUUCUUGGUCUUGUCGAUCAGUUGGUUACUAUGGUGACACACCUUGUCAGGAUGCAGCCUUCUCGCAAGAUGGAUCUCUGUUAGGCGUGGCUUACAAUCAGACUAUUACUCUGUGGACCCCGGAGACAAAUGAACUGAGAAAAACUCUUGCCCUACCCUAUCCUGACGAAGAAAUCAAGAAAAUCAAGUUCGGCAACAACAGCUCUUCUCAAUACUUGAUCUCCAUCACUAAUCAAUAUCUCACUGUGUGGAAUCUUCUUUCGUGUACUGUUUGGUGGAGUGUUGAAGCGCCUGUGACGUGUUUGGCCUCUGAUCCACAAACAAAUCUAAUCUGCGUGUUUGUUUCAUUUAACAAGAACAGGUCACACUUGUACGUUUUUGACCCAGCCUCCCCUCGUCCUGUAGCGGUGCAGUCCAAAGUGUCUAAGAAGUCAGAUGUGUUGUCAGCAGCAUUCGAUUCUGGUUACUUGUCUUGUACCAGCACAACAGACCAUCCCAUUAAAAUGUCCAAACUGUAUUUCUUGAAUCACAACCAGGAACUGUUCACUUUGGAUUGUGGUGAACCUGGAGAGGAAGAGAGCCAGGCCAUGUCACGGGAAUCCAUUAUUGGCCCGCUUGAAGAGCAGACUGAAUUUUUCAAGAUCUUUGGACAGCCUGCAAAAAGUAAGGGUGAAUCGACAUCGGAGCAGAGCGUUGGAAGAAGUGUCAAAGGGACUCCAUCUAGCGCUGUGGUCAGACAGAUGUUGCAGACUCCCUCGCAUGUUCUACCUUCAGUUACUUCUCUGUGCUCAUCGUUCCUGAAGUCGUUGCUGGUCAGCAAACAAACCUCUCAAAGGAACGAUCAAGUUGACGACGAAGAUGAUGCAAGUGAAAAGGAAGAUGAAAGUAUGGAAGAACAAGGCGACAGCGAUUUGGAAACGCGCGUUGCCGGUGGAGCUUCAGCACAACCUGUUGUUAACUCGUCUGUAGAAAUGUUAGACACUGAUGUUUCGCAGAAGCCUCAACUUAAUACUGGACAAAGAUCUCACUUGGACAAUGUGAAUUUCAACUGGCUUCAAGACUAUUUCGCAUCUUCUUGAGUUAUUAAGCUUUCUGGAAUCUUUGUUCCCGUUAGUAAGAUGAUCGAAUCGUUUAAUAUUCUAUUUGAAUCAACUAGUUUCCAGGCGUUCUCCUCCCGCUAAUACUCACUCGUUUCCAAUCUCUUGGUACUUGUAGAAGAGAGGAACGAGCGUAGACUAGGCUUAAGGUGCAAAUCAAAUCUUACAAACUCAAAUCAAAUUUACAAACUCUUAAAUGUAAAUAAAAUCUUUCUCUUUCUCUUUC